GCAACAGUGGAUUCUUUUGUAUCACCUAGGCACUAUAUGAGCAGUGACCCUGCAAUAGGCAAUAAGAUGAAACAGUGCACAGGGACUUUAUGAGUUGCCUGCUAAGUGCAACGAUAUGCAACAACUUUUUACCCACCUUUGUUCCUUUAUGUUGCAUUUACCGGUAGCAGAGUUAGCUGCUAACUUACUGCUACUGUGAAUAUUUGAAUAUUUAACAUUUUAUCCCAACUAGUUGUGACUACUUAAAUUCCCUAGUUGCCCAUGCCCACUACUGAGCUGGAAUCCCCAACGGCCAGGAAGAUCAUGCAUACAGGUAGCCUGAAGCCAACCCAGCUUAACAGCCAAGAUGCCAGUUCGUGGAUUCCUCAAGAUGCUGCUUGCCUUGUUUGUGUUCUGUACACUGAAUCUUCGUCACGGCAUUUCUGGCCUUCCUCUACCCGAACAACACACGUUCCGUGCAAGGGCGAGUGUUCGUAGCAGGAUUGAAAUUUUAGCUGCGAGUCGGUCCAAACGAAGUAGUGAUGACUCCAUCAUCAAGGAACCAUUUUACGGCACACCCAGCAUCCAAGUCUACUUGCAGAUGGGCCAGACUUUUCACAUGCCAUGCCCGAUCCGAAGAGAAGGCGAGAAAGUCAGCGUCUUCUUGUGGUUUAAAGGAGGAGACCUCGUUGCCCGACAUACGAUUGUAGCGGGGGAUACCAACUUCACCCAGAGUGAUCGCUUUCAAUUGUCUGGCACGUAUGGUCUGAUAGUCAGGCAAGUUGAACAGGAUGACGGCGGAACGUACACUUGUAGGGUUAUACCCUAUGGAAGUUCCAAAAGCAGACGAAGCUCAACCGAUGUCACUGUAUUAGAUAAACAGUUUCCCGCCGUUGAUGACGCUUUGGCGACAAGGCAGGAACAGAAUUUCACCCGCGGACAACGACACGAACUUCCAUGCCCCGCUGCACUACCAGAAAACGGAAACCGCCGGGCCACAGUUUACUGGUGUUUAGACACCGGGGAGUCUGAUUUUACGAGUAUCAUCGGAGUCAAGUUCUCAGACGGAGAAACCAACGUUUACCUUGAGGAAUACAACAUCACCGUCGAUAGUUCCUUGGUUAUCAACUCUCUGAAAAGCAACUACAGUCGUUUCUGGUGUCAUCGCUCUGUGUCAGGAUCACAACUAAAAUCCGGGAUUAUCGAUGUCAACGGAAAAGAUCCGAGACCAGGCGAGAUGCCCAUGGUAACUACUCAUGAGCCUGGACAUGUUGGGAAUGUGAAGCUCAGUGUGAUACUAGGUUUAAUUUUCGGUCUGUUGUCAGUAAUUGCAUGCUUAGUUGCGAUUGUUCUAUUCGUGUGGAAACACUCUGGUACAUUUCCCGAGCCUGAGGAUCAGAUACAACAGAACCGGCAAGAAACAAGUGUUGAACUGAUUGCAAUUGAGGAACACCAAGAUGAAACCAGUAUGGCGACUGCAGAUGAGGGUUUUCACGAAUUAACACCUUUGACUGAAGCCACUGGAACUGAUACAUCAGUAGAUUCAGAUCUGAAAGACGACAAAUCGUCAUGGUUGACUGCAGACACUGCAGCUAAUACGCGUCAUACAACUGGAUUUUGUGGAGAAUCUUCUUCGUCGAGGACCAACGCGGACCAAACGAAUGCAUACAUCAGAAGCAGUCCCAAGUCCUGCACAACUUUCGAGAGAAUUGUGGUAAUGGUGGUACCACAUAAAGUAUCAGCCUCGUCACAAAAACCUGUUAAAGUGACAUCCAAGAAACCAUCACUUACUGCACGGAGAUCCGCACCGAAAUCCAAACAGUAUUUAACGCCGAAGAAAUCUAGCCAUCGUGAAGCUGGUGAAACACAGCCUGUGUUGCAGAAGGCCACUACUCCCGAGUGUGCAAAAUCAGAACAAGAGAAAGUUCCUCUUGUAGAAAUUGUGCAGCCGAAAGAUGAAAUACCUUCUAAGACGAGUGGUGAACAACAGCAAGACAAAUUACUGGGGGACGAGGGAAACAACAAGGAUCACCAAGAUUGGAUGGAGGGGCAGCAAGCGCUUCAAGACAGCGAGACUGGUUGUUCCAGUCAGACAUCAGUGGUCGAAGAGGAGACACCUCAGACAGCAUCAGCACCUGAACAAGCACCGACCGAGAUCGCUGAAACAGGAACCAAGACAAUUGAAAAGAAAGUCCAAAUGAAAAUUUCGGAUGAGAAGGAAGGUGUGAAGACAGCAAAACCUGAUGUGAGCAGGACAACCGAUAGACCAAAGCUGUCAUCCAACCCAACUCAAGACCAAACCAAAGCAGGAAAAGUUGAAAAUGACAAAAGUGAAGGAGACAAUAAUUUGUCACCGGGCCAUCAGAAGGGCAAAAAGGGGAAGCUUGAAGCGAACAAGAAGAAAGCAAAGUGGAAAGAAAGGCCGAAAGUGGAACCGAAAUGGAAAACAAAGUAUCCAGUUAAAGUUCCUCUCACAUCUGACGAUGAGAAGACAUCGAAGACUGGUUCUCAGUUAGAAUCACAGCUGCAACCGGGAGACAAAAAAGCGCAGAAAAAGGAAAGAGACGAACAUCGUUUAACACCAGAAAAAGAUCCAGAACAAACAUCAAAUCAGCAAGUCGCGGUAUGUGGAUCUGAAGGCAUCGCAUCCGUUGUCGAAUCGAGUCCAUCGAACCCCAACCGCCCAGUCCCAUCUGUACCAGAACCAAUUGAUGACAAUUUGAACGCAGUGUCCGGCGAAAAACUGUCGAAAACAAUACCAGUUGCAAAGAAAAGGAGAGAUCGAAAAUCCCCAUGCUUAACGUCUGUGCAAAAUGCGAAGCCGCAGAAAUCUUCGGAACCCCCUUCUUGCGAACAGAUGAAUCCUACAGCCCCUGCAAACAAGGCAAUUGAACGAGGUGGUGAUGCCACCAUGUCUCCUGCCGUUUACCCAACCAUUUCUGAUCCCGAUGUAGCUCCUACCCAACCAAAUAAAAACUACCAUCUAAAUCCCACACAGCCCAUUGCUGCUGUUAAACCUUUUACAUGCAACGAUACUGCAUCACCACAUUUCUCUAUAGGGGCUGCUGCUGCAUCUGUUGCCACUCCAACACCAGUCCCCGAAACAACGCCGUAUAAGGACGAUACACACAUGAGUCACGUUGGUACUCCCGAAGAUACGCCCAUACCAAGUUUCACACAAACAACACCUGAUAACUCCUCUGAUAUGCCUGUAUCGACAAACUGGGAAGAUCCACAAUCUGCAGCGGGCAGUCCUGAAGUACCUGUACCCUUACCGAACCCACUUUCAAGCGAUGAUGAACCAAUGGAUUCGAAGAGUGGCAGCGAGCAUGAAGAGAUAGAAAUGGAAGAUUCUGUAGAGCAUCAAGCAGUGAAAGAAAGUGGUAAGAUAUACAGAAAUAUUAAUGGAAUGACAUUGCAAAAAAGCAUAUGA